AUGAAGAUUGCAGAGGAUCAAUGCGGAUUACUGGUGAGGAAAUAUUUAACAGGACGAGCUGUCAAGCAGUGGGAUCAUGUAUACCGAUCAGGAAUCGAUAUGACAGACUGGCCUCUGGUGAGUAGUAGACUCUGCGAAAGGUUCCGCGGAUUACCGCGGGAUAGUAUGAUACUUCAGAUGAGAGAUAAUGUAUGGAAGGGAGAUUACAACGAGUAUAGUAAUGCAUUCUCGGAUAUAGUAAUUAUGGGAGAAGAGUUGCCAGAACAAGAUUUGGUUAUGUUCUACCUUGCGGGACUACCUGAGGACAUAGGAGAUAAAUUGACGAAACGUGGGAAGAGGGAAUUUCCGACUUGGAACGAAGCGGCAGCGGCGUUGAGGGAAUAUGUCGUCCCGCUGAAUACGUGGCGAGCGAAGGGGAAACGUACAGUGCGGGAAAUGCAGGGUGUAGAAAGGCCGCAGGCCAGGGAAGAUAGCAGCUCCAAGGCGGACGAAGAGUGGAAUAAGAACAAAAAUGAAGGCACUAACAAUGUAACUCGAAGGCCCUAUUCGACGGAAAGAGUGGCUGCAUAA